AUGGCUAGUAAAAAAGGAAAGGUCGCUGCUUCUAAUGACGUUAGUCUAGAUCAGCUUUUCCAGCAGCUAGCACAAGAAACUAAGCACUUGUCUAAACCAGAGGAAAAUAGCUUGUCCAAUAUUGAGAAGGAAAUUGAGAGUUUGCCUAAGAUAGAAAGUGAAUUGGAAACCCAAAUGCAAGAAGCUAUCAAGUCAAAAAGUGAGGAUGUUGUUAAGCUUAAUGAUCCAAUAACGCAUAUCAGAAAAACUGUCGUAGACAAAGACGCAGACUCCGGCUCCAAGUGGUUCAACAUGAAGAAACCCGAAAUGACGGCUGAGAUCAAAAGGGACUUGAUGGUUUUGAAGAAUAGAAGUGUUUUGGACCCAAAAAGACAUUACAAGAAAGAGAAGUGGCAGAUCCCCAAAUUUUUCCAAACAGGGACAAUCGUUGAAGGCAACACGGAGUUUUACUCUGCUCGUAUGGCCAAGAGAAACAGAGGUAGAACUUUGGCCGAAGAGAUUUUGAAUGACGACAUUGCCUCCGAUUAUUUCAAGAGAAAGUACAGCGAGAUCCAAAAGCAAAAGCGCAGUGGAGGAAAGGCACACUACAAGAAGAUCAAGGAGAAGAGAAGAGGUUUUUAA